UCACCGACAAGCUUCUUGUGUCGUACUUAUUACUAAACAGCAACUUGUCCGCAGGAUCCCUGUCUGAUCUAACUCCACUUUUAUCCCGUAAAUGACAAGAGUGCCCUCACCUUUCAACCCUCAUUCACUUUGCUCUGCACCCCAUUUCAAGAAACUUCGCCUCAUUGAGUGUUAACUUCACCUAUUGCGAUUCUUAAAGAUUCUUCAAGUUUUGGUCUUGAUUUGGGUUGUUGUUGCUGUACUGAUCUGUUUUUCUUUCAAUAGGUAUGUAUCAGCAUCGGUUCCAUUAUCGAAGUUAUGGUGUGUGGAAUUUUGAGUUAGUUGUUCUAAUGAUAUGAUGUGAUGGCAAAUUGAGUUGUUUUCUUAGUGUGCAUUGUGUUGUUCUAUGAGAUGAUCGAGAUGGUUGAUAGUUUCAAUCACUGGUCAUUUGGCCAUUUAAGGCCUUUUUUGAAAAGGGUUUUGAGUUUUGGCAAGGGAGUAGUAAUAAAGGGUCAUUGUAAAUUCUGGAUCUUUCAAUCAUCCAAUGGAGUUGUUGUUGUUGGCUCGUUGUUAUCUUUCCUUUUAGCCAUGGCAUAUGUAUAUGUGAUUCUGUUUCCAAGAUUUCAGCCUGUUAUUAAUAAGACGUAUGAGACUCCCCAUUUCAAUAGUUCUGUAAGUGAGUGCAAUUAUUCUGAGGGAAACUGGAUACAAGAUGAGAGUUACCCUUUAUAUGAUGCAUCUCAGUGUCCUUUCGCUGAGAAUGGAUUUAAUUGCUUGGCUAAUGGGAGAAGAGACAGAGGUUAUACAAAAUGGAGGUGGAAGCCUAAGAAUUGCGAAAUUCCGAGGUUUAAUGCGCGUGAAAUUCUUGAAAAGAUGCGUGGGAAGCGAAUUGUUUUUGUUGGUGAUUCAUUGAGUAGAACACAGUGGGAGUCUUUGAUAUGUAUGCUCAUGACAGGUGUGGAGGACAAGAGAAGUGUUUAUGAAAUCAAUGGGAAUAAAAUCACCAAGCAGAUUAGGUUUUUAGGUGUACGGUUUAGUUCUUUUGACUUGAGAAUUGAUUUCUAUAGAUCAGUUUUUCUGGUGCAGCCUGGUCCAGCACCUAGGCGCGCGCCAAAGAGGGUUAAAUCAACACUGAAGAUCGAUAAGUUGGACGAUAUUCGCAAUGAAUGGAUUGAUUCUGAUAUUCUAAUAUUUAAUUCAGGGCAUUGGUGGACACCGAGUAAACUCUUUGAAAUGGGCUGUUAUUUUCUGGUAGGCGGAUCGCUGAAGCUAGGAAUGCCUAUCACUGCUGCCUUUGAAAGGGCACUGCAUACAUGGGCAUCAUGGCUUAAUACUACCAUAAAUGCAAAUAGAACAAGCGUGUUCUUCCGCACUUUUGAAUCUUCCCAUUGGAGUGGCCGGAACCGCCUUUCUUGCAAAGUGACUUGGCAGCCUUCAUCAAGAACUGGAGGGAGGGAUCGUAGCCCGAUAUCUGACAUCAUAAUCAAGGUUGUGAAGGCAAUGGCAGUUCCCGUAACAGUUUUGCAUGUGACACCCAUGGGUGCAUUCCGGAGUGAUGCUCAUGUUGGCACUUGGAGUGACAAUCCAUCUGUGCCUGAUUGCAGCCACUGGUGCUUACCUGGUGUACCUGAUAUGUGGAACGAGAUUCUCUUGUCAAAUAUGUUGUCCAGGAAUUAAUAGGCCAUUCUUUCCAUAAGCUAGAAAAUGCAACUGUGUAGUGUGUUCCAUAUUCUUCCCUCUUCAAUUGACCCCAUUCAAUUUCCAAACCUUCUACUCAACUACUUUCAGUACAUACGAAGAUCUUCUCUGCUGAGAAGUUGUGUGCAUUUGUCACAAAUAUUGUUUGUUGUGUAGUUCAGGGAUCCAAAAAUUACUUGAUUUGUCUAUUCUAGUUGCACUUGAGUUCACAUGUAAAGGUAAUGAUUUCUUUCCAGCGUUAGCUGAAAUCUGGAAGCUCUUGUCUUCAGAUGCCACCGAGCUGUUGUACAAUAAAAGCGUUCUUGCUAAAA